AUGACCGAUAAGCCCCCGGCCCGCCGGCUCGCCGCGGCUCCACACUUCCGCUUUGGGGGCACGGAGGCACGAACCUCCACGUCGAGAUCCACCGGUGAUCCCUCUUACAACAACAUCCCCGCCCAGCACGCGCAAGAAACGCCGUCUCUCUCGACCCUAGUUGAUAUCUCAACCAGUGAGAGCGAGGCACUAUGA